AUGCAGUCAACCUACUCUCGUUUCACCGUCCUACUCCUUUCGACGCUUGGACUUUUCUCGGUAUUGCCUGGGACUGCCCAAGCUGCUCCCGUCGACUCUGCAAACAUUACAAAACGUGCUCCCACCUGGGGUUUCCCGUAUGGUUCUACCAAAGUCAGAGGUGUAAAUCUGGGGGGUUGGCUCGUGCUUGAACCGUGGAUUACACCAUCCCUUUUCGAGGGCACGGGCAACAACGGCAUUGUCGAUGAAUGGACAUUCUGCCAGUACCAAGAUUAUAACACUGCCCAUAGCAAGCUCGUGAACCAUUGGAACACAUGGAUCACGUACAACGAUUUCGUCGCUAUUAAAGCCGCCGGUUUGAACCAUGUGCGCCUCCCCAUCGGAUACUGGGCUUGGGAUAUUUCCCGUGGAGAGCCGUAUCAUCAAGGCCAGCUUGCCUACCUCAACAGUGCAGUUGGAUGGGCUCGCCAAGUCGGUCUCAAAGUCCUCAUUGAUCUCCACGGCGCUCCGGGUAGUCAGAAUGGAUAUGAUAAUAGUGGCCAUAAAGUUAGCUACCCGCUCUGGCACACGAGUUCCGACAAUAUUGCACGUACAAAUGCCAUUAUCAAGACACUGGCCUCUCAGUUCUCCAGCCAGACAGACGUCGUGAUCGGAAUCGCGCCUCUCAACGAACCCGCAGGAUACUUUGGCAAUGAUGUCCUCUCCGUGACCCGCCAGUACUGGUAUGACAGCUAUGGAAAUAUUCGGUACCCAUACGGAACAAGCCAGCAAGGCGCGCUCAUCGAGGUCAUUCACGAUGCUUUCCAGCCACUGAGCUAUUGGAGCGGUUUCCCACCGGGUCCAUUUGAAGGAGUUAUGAUGGCCAGGCCGAGGUUUCGCGCACAGAGGACCAGCAAAUCCAGUCUGUUUGUGCUCGAGGCAGAGACAUCGGGAACUUCUACUUGUGGACGAUUGUGGGCGAGUGGAGUCUUGCGCGUACGGAUUGCACCAAGGAAAGUACAAUGUUUGCAUCCCUUGCCGCCGAAAGUGACCCACGCACAGUACAUCAACGGGAGAGGAGUCGGCGCUCGCUAUGAUGGAUCCUACCCGGGAAGCACCUAUGUUGGCUCUUGCUCUGGUUUCUCUGGCUCUGGUGCCACCUUUAGCCAGUCGUACAAGACCUUUUUGCGCCGUUUCUGGGAGGCUGAAACCCAAGCCUUUGAACGCGGUGCUGGUUGGGUCUUCUGGACGUGGAAGGCAGAAAGCUCAGACGAAUGGAGUUACUCUGCCGGUCUGAACUAUGGGUGGAUUCCUCAGGACCCCACGCAGAAGAUCUAUGGCAAUAUCUGUGGCUACUAG